AUGCCAGAGCAUCUGGAGGACACAGAAUCUGGAACAGAGGCCGAGGCCGAGGAAUUUAAGUCCAAUGCCGCGAUCCUGGCGGCGGUAGGCCUGGUCAGUGUGGCAGGCGCGGGCUUCUACUUUAAGGAUCAGAUCUGGGUCUCGCUGGAGUGGUUCACCGGCGUGAUUGAUGCCAUGGGACCCGAGGGCUACCUAGUGUAUGUGGCAGCGUAUGCCCUGCUCGAGCUGGUGGCAGUGCCCGCCAUCCCAUUGACAGUGGCUGCCGGCGCCCUCUUUGGCCUGUGGCCCGGGGUGGCCACCGUCUCCCUGGCCGCCUCCAUAGCCUCCACCACCGCCUUCCUCAUCGCGCGCUACCUGGCCCGCGACCGGGUCAGUGCCAUGGCCUCCAAGAACAAGCAGUUUGCGGCCAUCGACCGUGCCAUCGGCAAGGACAGCCUGCGCGUCGUGACCCUGCUCCGCCUCUCCCCACUCCUCCCCUUCUCCGCCAGCAACUACCUGUACGGCCUCACCUCCGUGGACGUGGGGUCCUACAUGCUGGGCAGCUGGAUAGGCAUGCUCCCAGGCACGUUUGCGUAUGUGUCGGUGGGCGCGUAUGGGAAGGACCUGGCCUCGGGGCACGGAGUCGCGCCGUGGCAGGUGGCGCUGGGUCUCGGGGCCACUGCAGCCACCAUCUGGUAUGUAGGCGGCCUGGCAUCAAAGGCCCUGGCCGAUGUGGAGGAGGAGGAGGAGUCCGGCAAGAAGGAGAAGAAAGCAUGA